AUGGAAUGCGGAGGUGGAAUAUUAUUAUCUUUCUUUAACACUAGACGCAGACGAGAGGAAUCAAAAAGAUACGAGUCAUUCUUGGAAAAUAGGAGCAAGGUACUAGAGGAGUUCAUCACUAAAUGGAAUGGUCAAUGUAACAUUCCUAUCCGUAAUUUCUCUGCUAAAGAGCUAAUUAGGUCGACCAACAACUUUGACUGUCAGGAUCAGAUUGAUGAAGAUGCUUACUAUAAAUUGUACAGAGCCUAUUUUGGAGAACGUCCAAUAUUGGUUAAGCAGUAUAAGUGGUAUGAUAACCCUACUCUUGACACUAGUACCACGGCCUGUGUUGUCCGUGACAUAGCGAUUACCGCACAGAUGAGUAGUCAAAAGAUUGUUGUGAAGCUCAUAGGUUGCUGCUUGGAAUUCCAAUACCCAAUUCUGGUUUAUCAAGGUCUAAGAAGUACUGAACAGUUUCUCUCUCGGUCCUUGUACAAAAGGGAAGGGGACAUGGCGAAUCAUGACGAUGGAUCAUCAUUAUCGUUGAAAACUAGGGUUAGGAUUGCAAAUGAUGUCGCAUAUGCUUUCGUGUACUUCCACGCUGCAUUUUCUACACCCAUCAUUCAUAGGAGUCUAAAAUCAAAUAAUGUGAUCAUAGACCGGUGUAGUGGUGCUGCUAAAUUGUUAGAUUUCUCAUUCUCUAUAUCGAUUCCUCCCGGAGAAUCACAGGUGGAGGAUUCGGUAAUCGGGAUAUUGGGUCUUAUGGAGCUUGAAUAUUGUCUCACAGGGAUUCUUACCGUGAAGACUAAUGUUUACGAUUUUGGCAUGAUUCUCGUUGAACUUCUGACUGGACAGAGAAUUGGGGACUUGCACAUGCAAUAUGAGAGCUUACAAGAUUAUUUACACAAUGGUGGGCUGAAUGAAAUUUUGGAUGCUAAAAUCCGAGGGGAAGGUGGAGGAGUUGUGCAAGAGCAACAAUUGCAAGCUCUUGUAGAACUUGCCAUGCAAUGUCUUCAGAAAGAAAGAGAAGAUAGGCCAGAAAUGAUCGAUGUGGCCAAAGAAGUUAAACGAAUUCAGGGGCUUGUUCAAACCCCAAUCAGCUCAACCAUAAAUCCAUUAUAA